AUGUCGGCGAAACCAAUCAAUCCCAAUGAGCACUUGGACAUUCCACAGUGGAUUAAUGAGGACUACUUCCGACCCAUUCUCGAAAAAGAUGUGGAUAACUUUGAUAGAAUAGUGAAUUUCACUAGGAUUGCAGCCACGGCGCCCGGAGAGAACUACACCUCCAUUAUGGUUAGGGUGGUGUUGGAUAUAUUGUUCAAAGAUGGCAGCCAAGGACAAACGUCGUACAUUUUGAAAACUGGGCUGGAUAUCAACAAAGGCGGCGCCAUGGUCAAUCAGAUGGGAAUGUUUCCGAAGGAGAAGGAAAUGUACAAGGUACUUGUUCCGCAGUUUGUGAAGCUUUUCAAGGAUGCUGGUCAGGAUAUUGAACUAGCACCGAAGUGUGUCCACACUGAGGAAACGCCGGAGAGAAUAACUCUCGUUUUCGAGGAUCUUCGUCGGAGGAAUUUUCAGAAUUUCGACCGCCUCAAGGGAUUCGACUUGCCACAUAUACGUUGCGUGCUCCGCAAGUUAGCCGAACUUCAUGCGGCAUCAGCAGUUUAUAAGGAAUUGUGUGGUCCCUAUGAUGAUAUGUUCUACAAAUCAUUGUUUUCGGAACAAAAUCGAAUGAUGGCCACAAAGCUAAAGGAGUUGCGAGACCCAGGCUAUAUCAAGGCAAUGCGCGAAUGGGGCAUUCCAGAAAUUGAGAAAUACAUUAAUAAAUACCCCUCACCCUCCAAGUUCUUUGAUAACGGAAUCAAAAUCAAUCAAGUGGAAGAAAAUGAAUUCAAUGUGCUGAACCAUGGCGACUCAUGGUCGAAUAACUUAAUGUUUAAUUAUAAAGAGAACGGAGAGAUUGAUCAGACCAUCUUCGUGGAUCUACAGCUAUCCAAAUGGGGAACUCCAGCACAGGAUCUCCUAUACAUGAUUAUCACAUCGGCCUCUUUGGACAUUAAGACCAAGGAGUUCGACCAUUUCAUUCAGAUCUAUCAUGAACGUUUAGUGGAGUGCCUGAAGCUUUUAAACUACACAAAACGUAUUCCCACUCUGAAGGACAUGCAUAUCAUGAUCUUCAAGUACGGCUCUUGGGCAUUCAAUACAGCCACUGGAGUACUGGUGGCCACUUCGAUGCCUUCGGAUAAGGACUCCAACAUGGACAAUAUGAUGGCACCUGGACCCGAAGCUGAUGCCAUUCGCCAUAAGACUUUCAUAAAUCCUUACUAUGUAAAGGCCAUGCAACAGCUGCUUCCCUUUUUGGAUAGGAAGGGUCUUCUAGAUUUUGAAUAA